GAAGACUCAGAGCAAACUUCCCAGCGCCUGGGGCAGCAGGGCUGGCAGGAGAGCGAGGUGCCAGGAUCGCGACCAUGCAGUACCAGCCGCCUGCCCUGUACGCGCCCACCCCGCUGCUGCAGCCCGUGCACCCCACGCCCUUCUACAUCGAGGACAUCCUGGGCAGGGGCGCCCCGACGGGGCUCCCCCACCCAGCGCAGCCGCCACCGCCGCCUCCUCCGCCCACGCUGCCGUCCCCCAACUCGUCCUUCACCAGCCUGGUGGCGGGGGCCUCCUACCGGACCCCGAUCUACGAGCCCACCCCGAUCCACCCGGCCUUCUCGCACCACCUGGCCGCUGCCGCCACCUACGGGGCGGGCCCCUACGGCGCGCCCGCCGGAGCCCCGCUCUACCCGUUCCCCCGCGCCGUCAGCGACUACGCGCACGCCCUCAUCCGCCACGACCCCCUGGGCAAGCCGCUGCUGUGGAGCCCCUUCAUGCAGAGGCCGCUGCACAAGCGGAAAGGGGGCCAGGUGCGCUUCUCCAACGACCAGACCAUCGAGCUGGAGAAGAAGUUCGAGACGCAGAAGUACCUCUCUCCGCCCGAGAGGAAGCGCCUGGCUAAGAUGCUGCAGCUGAGCGAGAGGCAGGUUAAAACUUGGUUUCAGAAUCGUCGGGCUAAAUGGCGGCGUCUAAAGCAGGAGAACCCUCAAGCUAGCAAAAAAGAGGAAACCGAAAGUGGGGACAAUCACCAGGAUCCAAGACAAGAGGACUGUCUGAGUCCUGAGCACGAUAAGGAGACUUCUCCAGGGAGACCACUGUACACCCCAUCACCAGCCUCCCAGGAAGAGCUGGAUACUGACAUCUCUGAUGAUUCAGACCAAGAGGUGGACAUUGAAGGUGACAAGGGCUAUUUCAAUAGUCCUCAUCAGUAGUGGUCCCCUAGAGGACGGACUUUCCCUCUGCUUGCACUUUAAGAGGAGUUGGCUUGACAAAAAUGAGGAGGGGAAAUAUAACUCUAAGUCAGUGUUUUUGUUGAGACAAUCACCUGAAAAAUGGGGCAGAUCUUUUUACUUUGAAAUGACAGGAAAGCGCCUGUGCUUGUUGAUAGAUUUGUACAGUGAUCAGUUUUUAUAUCCUCCUGGGAAUAUAACUACUACUACAUCUUCUUUGAAGACCUUUAACUGGCUGAGAGAAAAAAACCACACCAAACAAACUGGAUGAAAAGGGCCCUUUUGAUUCCCCAAGGAGAAUUUCACACCUGGGAUGGAAAUUUUGCAAAAAGACCUUUUGAAUGUUGCAGGACUGAAACAAAAUGUUUUGAAUUUUGGGCCCAGGGGUCCAAAAAGUGGGGAGAGAGUGUAGCAGAUACCAUCAACAUAACCUUACUUUCAUCUCUUGAAAACACUGGUGCAGUUAGGUAAUUUUAGAUGCUGGGCUUGUGUGACUUUCUCCUUCGAUCAUAUUGUGUAUUAUUUCACUUAACACUUAAUUCCAGUGGUCUUACAGGGAUGCUCUUCGGAUGGGAAUGUGUAUCACUUCAAAAGGUGGUAAACCAGCCUUAAUGCAUUUGAGGACCCUCUGG